AUGACGGCAUCUAAAGUGCUUCUGCUGAGGAUUUUGGAACGUCUCGCUGCAGAGGAGCUGAAAAAGUUCCAGUGGUUCCUGCAGCAGCAAGAAAUCCUGCAGGACUUCCCUGCCAUCCCAAAGAGUCGGCUGGAAAACGCAGACAGGAUGGACACGGUCGAUCAGAUGAUCCUCACCUACUGCAUAAACACGAUUAAAGUUGCCAAAAUUGUUCUAGGCGAGAUCAGGAGAAAUGACCUGGUGGAGGACCUAUCGCAGAACUCUUUAGAACCUGCAGAUAUUCUGCUACAGUGUCAACAGAAACUCAAAUCCAAGCUGCAGAAGAAGUACCAGUAUGUUUUUGCGGAAAUCACAAAAAAGCAAAACACCAAACUUCUGAGUGACAUCUACACAGAGAUUUUCAUCACGAAGGAGGAAACCGGAGAGAUCAACGAGGACCACGAGGUGAUGCAGAUCGAGAUGGCGUCCAGAAAGGCAGAAGAUGCGGUGGAGACAACAAUCAGGCGGGAGGACCUCUUUAAAACAGAAGGAGAGGCGAGAACGGUGAUGACGAAGGGGGUGGCUGGCAUCGGGAAAACCGUCCUGAUGCAAAAGUUCACUCUGGACUGGGCUGAAGGCAGAGCCCACCAGAACUUCCAGUUUGUGUUUCCGUUACCUUUUAAAGAGCUAAAUCUACUAGAGCACGAAAAGUUCAGCCUGGCUGAACUCAUUCAUCACUUCUUUCCUGAAACCAAGGAAGCAGGAAUCUGCCGGUUUGAAGAUCUACCGAUGGUGUUCAUCUUUGAUGGUCUGGAUGAGUGUCGAUUUCGUCUGAAGUUCAAUGGCGGCAAGAUGGAGAUCACAGAGUCCGCCUCAUUGGACGUUCUCCUGGCCAACCUCAUCAAAGGCGAUCUACUUCCCUCCGCUCAUAUCUGGAUAACCACACGGCCCGCAGCAGCCAAUCAGAUUCCCUCUGACUACGUCAUGGUGACGGAGGUCAGAGGGUUCACCGACCCGCAGAAGGAGGAGUACUUCCGGAGGAGAUUCGCCGACGAGGAGCAGGCCAGCCGGAUCAUCUCCCACAUCAAGGCGUCCAGAAUCCUCCACAUCAUGUGCCACAUCCCGGUCUUCUGCUGGAUCACUGCCACGGUUCUGGAGAGUGUGCUGAAACAAGGGAAAAAUGGAAACAAGGGACGAGGAAGUGAGCUGCCCAAGACCCUCACAGAGAUGUACAUCCACUUCCUGGUGGUUCAGACCAAGCUGAAAAAUGUUAAGUAUUAUAAGGACGCCGACCCGGGAACCACCUGGAUUCCAGAAAACAAGAAGACGGUCGAAAAUCUGGGAAAUCUGGCUUUUGAGCAGCUGCAGAAAGGAGAACUUAUGUUCAAUAGCUCAGACAUGAAGAGCUGUGGCAUUGACAACCCAGAGGAACUGGUGUAUUCAGGUGUGUUCACCAUGAUCGAUAAAGAGGUGUCAGAGCUGUAUUACAACAACAUGUUCUGCUUUGUCCAUCUGAGCAUCCAGGAGUUCCUGGCUGCUCUCCACGUUCAUCUGACCUUCAACAAAUCUGGGGUCAAUCUGUUGGAAGAGGAUCAGUCCUGUGGACAGGAGACUCCCGAGUACAAAAACGAACCCAAAUAUCUCUACCAACGAGCUGUGGACAAAGCCCUACAAAGCCCAAACGGACAUCUUGACUUGUUCCUCCGCUUCCUUCUGGGUUUAUCACUGGAGACCAACCAGCGUCUCCUGGAAGGCCUGCUGCCGCCAAAGGAAAGUGACUCAAAAACCAUCCAGGACACCGUCCAGUACAUCAAGAAGAGCAUCAGCAGGGACUUCUCUCCAGAGCGAAGCAUCAACAUGUUCCACUGCCUGAACGAGCUGAAGGACCGCUCGCUCAUCAAUGAGAUUCAGUGGUACAUGAAGUCGGGGAGCCUUCGUGCAGAUAAACUGUCUCCUGCUCAUUGGGCAGCUCUGGUAUUCAUUUUGUUGUCUUCUGAAAAAUAUCUGGAAGAGUUUGAGCUGAAGAAGUACUCUGCCUCGGAAGAGGCUCUUCAGCGGCUGCUGCCAGUGGUCAAAGCUGCCAGAAAAGCUUGUCUUGGUGACUGUAACCUCUCCUGGAGAAGCUGUGAAGCCCUGUCUUCAGUUAUCAGCAUCCAGUCCUCUGGUCUGAGGGAACUGGACUUGACUAACAAUGACCUACAGGAUUCGGGGGUGAAACUUCUCUGUGUCGGCCUGAAGAGUCCACGCUGCCAACUGGAAACUCUCAGGCUUUCAGGCUGUUUAGUCACGGAAGAUGGCUGUUCCUCUCUGGCUUCGGCUCUUGAAUCAAAUCCCUCCCACCUUAAAGAGCUGGACCUGAGCUACAACAACCCAGGAGACUCAGGAGUGAAGCUUUUAUCAGCUGGAGUAGAGGAUCCAAAUUGGAGGCUGAAGACUCUCAAUGUGGACCACUGUGGAGGGCACCGACUGAGACCUGGCUUCAGAAAGUAUGCUUGUGAACUGACGCUGGACCCAAACACAGCCCACACCAAACUCCAUCUCUCGGAUGACCUGAAGGAGGCGAGGCGAGUGAAAGAGGAGCAGCCGUACGGCGACCACCCGGACAGAUUCGAUUACUACUGCCACCUGAUGUGCCAGCAGGGUCUCACCGGGCGCUGCUACUGGGAGGUUACCUGGGAAGGGAUGGUUCAUAUAGCGAUGACUUACAAACGCAUCCAGAGGAAAGGGAACAGCAUCCACAGCAAGCUCGGAAACAAAAAGCAGUCUUGGAGUCUGCUCUGCAGCCAUAGCGGGUACUCUGUCCGGGACGAUGGCAAAGAGACACCGAUCCCCAGACCUGCCUCCUGGUCCUCCACGCUCCCUCACAGAGUGGCGGUCUAUGUGGACUGUCCUGCUGGGAUCCUGUCCUUCUACAGCGUCUCGUCGGACAAACUGACUCAACUCCACACCAUCAAAACCACAUUCGUGGAGCCCCUCUAUCCUGCAUUCGGCUUCCGCAUAUUUGACUCCUCAGUGUCCUUGUGUUCUCUCUAGAUCGGACAACGUCGUUGUGUGAAAAAGGCUACAAUCUAUUGGAUAAAGCAUGGAUACCCCUUUAGUGUUUAGUUGUGAAAUAAAAGAACAAUAAAAACAUUUAAACCCCUUAUAAAUAAAAGUCUGGGCUUUCAGGCUGUUUAGUCACAGAAGAUGGCUGUUCCUCUCUGGCUUCGGCUCUUGAAUCAAAUCCCUCCCACCUUAAAGAGUUGGACCUGAGCUACAACAACCCAGGAGACUCAGGAGU